CUCUAUGAAUUGCAACCUUUCCAAACGUUUCCUAAUGUAUCGGCCGUGCAUGCGAAACAGCAGUCGUUGUUAUAAGUUGCCCUGCCUAUCAAAGAGUAUAAGUUAAAACAAAAUAGCUAUAUAGUGCUUUUUGCGCGCCGUUUCACUUCUCAUUCGCUACCGCUUUGUUUUUGCAAGAACGCGUUGCUUCGCUCAAGGAGCUGCACACAAAAAACAUCGAAAAGUGUAGAAAGCAGAUGAAAAAGUAUCAAGCGUAUAUAAAUUUUUUGUGAAUUACAUUUGUUCGAACAUUAAAAUAGUUCUUAUAACCAAAGUUGCGGCUUCCACACGCCGAUAGAUUUGUACAAGAUGCCUAUACAGUUGGAUAAAAUUUUGGCGGACAUUGCUAAAGAAAAAGUAUUGCGUCCAAAUUAUCCGGAAGCAGGCAAGAAAGAAGUAGAUGAUGCCUGGUCGCGCGUCGGAAAAAAUAAUAAAUUGUCGGUACACGAAGCUCGGUCGAUAUUCAAAGUACUCCAAAAGAAAUAUGAACAGGAGAAGACCAAGCGUACACCAUCAUGGAAACUUUUCGAUUUAAUGGAGCAAAUACAUCAACCUGUGAAAGAGGAAGAACCUAAGGCAGACGAGGAUGGUAUGAUGUCUAUGGAAGAAGAUGAAGAAUAUGAAAUGCUUGAAGUACAAGAAGAAGAAGAACCAGUAGCACCACAAGGAAAAAUUCCUCCAGCUACUUCAGAUGGUGAAAGUCCAUCAAAAUCAAUGAAAUCUGGAGGCUCUCCUGAAACAACACCAGAAAAAGAUGAAAAGCCAUUGGCGAAAGUCCCGGCUAAAUCCACCAAAGCUACUGUGGCUUCUGCUACUCCAGCGCCGAAAAAAGCUUCAUCUCCAGCUUCUGAAGAAAAGAAAGUCUUGAAUACUUUAGCUCCUUCAACGCGUACAGCAUUGAACACUGGAGGAAACUCUUCGCCUGCAUUGAACACAUCUACCGCUGCAACUGCAGCCGCUUUGCACAAGAAAGGAAUCACAAUGAAGAAAACAUCAUUAAAUACUGCAACAGCACCUACAGGUAGUAACACACCGCGAUCGACUCAAUCCUCAAGCAACAACCCAGAACAGAAAAACACUAUUCGAGUAGGUGGGCAGGUAUUAGGAGUGGGCGAAACUAUACCAUUGCCUGAAUCCAUUAAACGUAAAUUGGCCGAAUCACAGCGAGGUACACCCCCUGCUAAAAAACCAAACAAUGUACAGUCACCUAGAGAGGUGUCGCCUGCAAAAUCAACGGCCACCACAACUGCACCAACACCUACUGUGCGUACUGCAGCCGCUAUUAACGCAAGUUCUAGUGGUGCAUUACAGGAGAACACUCUUACCAUAAGUCAUGCACAAUCGCUUAAUAUUAAACAGGAGCCGAUCGAUCAAAAUAGUCCGCCAGCUGGAAUAAAUUUAAUUACAAUAACAGGAAAUCCGCGUGUUGAGUUGACCAAUGGUGGUGUUGGCGGUGGCCCAUCUUCUUCAACCGCUGCUACUGUAGCAUCUACAUCCACGAAUGGGUUUUCGCCACGACUUGAAGAGAUCGACUUUCGUAAUGAUAUUAUAUUUGAUGCUGGAAAUGGUCCCAUUAAUGGCCCCGUUACAGGUGCCGCUAACCAUCCAAAUCAGACAAAUGCACCAGGUGGCAUUAUUAAUUUAGGAAAUUUCGACAAUUCAUUGCCACCAACAUUCUUCAAGAAUCUUUGCAACUCAUCACGUCAUGAAGCGUUGGGCCUUUAUGUUGCCAAUGUAAUGAAUCGUUUGCGACCGCGUUCGGCUGCAAAACUUGAAUUGGGUAUACUGCGCGCUAUAAUCGACGUUCAAAGCGAUGAAUUGGAACAAUAAAUGGGUAAUUGGUGAUUGAAAGACAACCGAGUAGCUACACUCCACAUCAAUUUCUUAGUAGUAUUUUAAAAUUUGUUUGUUUUUUCUUACGAUGAUUACGUAUUGCAUGACACUCGUAAUUUUUCUAACAAACCGGCUGCCAUUUACGUAAAAUUUGGCAAUAAAGUUUUUUUUUUUUUAUAUUAGGUUUCCGUUUGUCGCAUGUGCAGCAUGAAAAUUAUACCCGUUUAACAACAUUUCAUCUGACUUUGGAGCUUUAUAUAGAA